AUGUGUUCGAUCAUCGUGUUCGCUGUUUUUGGCUUUGCUAUCUCGUCCGCUGUAGGCGAACCAAUUCGCCUGGAUUUGUUACGAAGAUCUGGCACUGACUACCAAGACAUGGCAGAUUGUCUUGGCGAAGGUUAUGUGGCGGGUGCCGAUGAAGUACAGCAUGAUCCUCCAGGAACAGAUGCAGAAAGGGCAGACAAAGUUUGUACUUUUUUGGGGGUAAGCGACUUCCCAGUGAUCCUUUUCUCACCUCCUUAGGAUGUGGAUAUGUGUAUAACCGUCCGGGAACAGAAGCGGAAAGGGGAAACAAAGUUUGUACUUUUGUUGGGGGUCAGCAAUAUCCCUCCGAUCUUUUCCUCGCCUCCCUAGGAUGUGGGUAUGUGUAUAACCGUCCGGGAACAGAAGCAGAAAUGGCAAACAAAGUUUGUACUUUUGUUGGGGGUGAGCAAUAUCCCUCCGAUCUUUUCCUCACCUCCCUAGGAUGUGGAUAUAUGUGUAACCCUUCAGGAACAGAAGCGGAAAGGGGAGACAAAGUUUGUUCUUUUUGGUGGGUAAAAAAUAUCCCUCCGAUCUUUUCCUCUCACCUAUAAUCGAGUUAAUCAGGCCUUCUACACAAAGACUAUACGCAACGCCCAGGAAAUGCUGUCCGGCCUGCUGAGCUAGACCAGAAAACCGUCCGUAUUUUUGAUUUGGUUAGAACGCACUAGCAGUCUGACACAAAGGUCUGUAGAGUAAAACUGGGGGAGACGCCGCGUGUGAGUCUCGCCUAACUUCACCCUCGUUAGUCGAGAGCUAACUACAAUCUAAGCGUUAAUUGUACAAUGCAGUGAACGGUACGCGGGAUAUAUAUGAUAUAUUUUUUUUGCAGAAAUUCCAUGACUGCCUCGUGAGGAAAAUUGAAAAUGCACCAGGAACAGUUCCCAAGAUUCUCUACCUUUCUGCAGCUUAUGAAUAUCAGCACCUUUAUAUCGCUCAUAAAGUCGGCUUGUGUUCAAACGUGCCCAUUUCGCCUAUAAAAACCAUCGCGGAAGACUCAGGUAUGACCAGGGCGGAUAAAUGUUGGGCGGUGAAACGAGCCCUCCGCUCUUCAUUUAAUGUGUGAUGCGGAGUAGGACUGGCACGAGUGCUCUUUCCGCGCUUCCGGUGCGCUUGAAGGCCGGCGAAAUUUUCCUUUUUGCAAACCGGAAAUCCUGUUUUCUUUCUGUAAUUUCAGGCUACAGUGUUAAAUAGAUAAAUUCGUUUCAUAACAAUAUCAAUAAACAGUUUCAUAUGUUGGUGUCUGUAUGCCUGUAAGUCAAACUUGUUGGUCGUAUAAUGCCAAAAUCUGAGUUUAAUUUGAAAGUGUUGAAUACCUCCUCCUUCCACUAAAUAUCACCUAAUCGUCUUUCGCCGUUUCGUCUGCAAAAGCUUAAGACUUCUUAACCGUAUAAUUGCGCAAAGCGCGAGCGGAACCGGAAGCGAGAAGCGAAGGAGUUUGACAUUGUCUAGGAGUACCCCAGCUUAUAGGCUGGUAGAAAAAAUGGUUGUGCGUCAAUGUACUUGAUGAAUUGAUGUGAGACUUUUUUCACUUUGAACUGUAGGUGUUAUGGAACAGGAUGGCUGGAGGAAAAUAUGUAAGUACAACGAUACCUACUCUUCCAUUUUGUAAGCAAUUUUUGACUUUUUAAUGGCCAAUUGCAUAUCAUUGACGCCAAGCCUUGAGUAAUGAUAUAUGUAAUAAAUAAAGUUAGAAUUAAACCCCUUCCAUACGGGUCCACGCAAAUUAUAAACGAACAAAAUCUCGCACGGAUCCGCCUUUCGUUCAAUCGGGACCUUCGGAACCGUAGACGUCUGGGGUCAUUAUACGUUUCUGGGAAACUCCCCACCUACCCCUUCCCCUAAGCCAACAUUUUGCACUUACAUCUAAAAUAUGGAAUCUUGUAACAGUACUGCAAUCUUUAAAGCUCUCUAACAGAACUUGCACAGUUCCGUUUAAAAGGGUUGCACUGGUAAAAAAUUCUUCCGUUUAAAAGUUUUUCCGGACCCGUGCAAAAGGGGUUUAAGGCAAAAAAUAUUUUUUUAAUAGUCUUAGAAAGAACAAAGUUUAAGACGAAGUCGAAUUUACGUUUAAAGUUCGGGAAAGGGCCCAUGACAAGUCACCUAUUAUAGAAUUAUCAGAUUCAGGGAGAAAUAACGCGCGCGAGUUCCUGACUAACUAAUCAGUACCUUCUGUUUUGUUUACUGAUAGCAUUGUCAUAUUAUCUGCAAAACUAUUGACACCUCGCUCGAAAUAAAAUGUGAAUAAACUAAAACAGCUUUCGAGCCUGUUAAUUAUCUGGACUUUCGAGAAUAGGGGUCCAGGACCCAGGAGAGCGACGGAAAUCGAACCCAUCUCAAGAUAGCUUAUAUGUUUUUUUUAACAGCCGGUCAACCUGAGGACUGCGUGGCAAAUCGCAUGGGUUUUUGCUUCAGCGAUAUGGAGACAUCGUUCGAGAACCAGCAUAACACAGUUAGCCCAAGCUUCAACUACAUCGAGUGCUAUGAAGCCAGUGAUCCUCAUCCAGCGUGCGAUCCCCCUUCGCAGAUGCUGAACGAUUUUAUUUGGAAUGGCCGCUCCAUCAUGAAAAAAGAGUGGGACAGAAUUAGGCAAUAG